AUGACGGGCCCUUUUCAUACUUAUGGCCCUUCGUGCCUUUUGGCCGACGAAGAGUUAGAUCUGUCGAGCUUGUACUCGCGACCUACACGGCCAGAUGCCCGCUCACAGUUCUUCUACAUUUCAUCCCUGCCAAUUGACGAUCCGUUGGCCCCUUUGCCCCCCUCAACUGGGCAAUCUACUGGAAACGAAAAGGCUCCGCCGAAACCAUUCUCUGCUAGAGAUAAUCUUGCUCUGGAGACAGCUUGGCGUGAUCUUGGGAAAACCUCGCAGGUCAAAGGUGUUACCAGCAGCCCCUCCCGGCCAGAGACGUCACAAGGGCGCGUCGGAAUAGCUGUGCCGGGGCCAGGGCCGAGUCUUGAGGUGCAAAGACGUCGGAAGGCCACAAAUCAAGACCCUACGAGCUUUGAUAGUAUCAGGGGCACCUCCACCUCGUUUCCAGAUGAUCAGCCGCCGAAUCUCAAGAGCCGCUCGGGCUACUUGGCUAGUAGCUCCGAUGCCCGAGCGGAGAACUACACAGAUCGGCAUCAACCAACAUCGUCUCUGGAUGAUAGCUUCAACGAUGGACACUUCAGAAGCAGUCUUGCAUUUCGGAAGAGAGAGCGCUCUUCUUCUCUAAAUGAAUCACCUUCGGCUAAGAGAAGGAAUUCGGUCGAAGAAGAUGAUACCCUGGAAGGCCACGAUGGGAGUGGCAGCUUGCGUGCGUAUCCAUCUAGAGAUGCUAGUAUCAGUGGCUCUCCUUUCAUAAGGGCGCCGAUCUCGCAGUCACACAGCCCACUCGGUCGCUCAAUGGAGCCCAUGUCAUCAAAUGAUGUGCCACAGGAAGGGCAGGCGGAGCCGCGGAGCCGACCGCCUAGCCGGAUUGCACCGAAGCCUUCAAACCUGCGAGCGACUGUCAGCUUGGAUGAGUUGACUCAGGAUAGCUCGCGGGAAGAGACUAACCCCGAGGACUCACAGGUCAAGAUCCCAGUUGGUGCUUCGCGUCUUCAUUUGGUCGAAUUACCAAACCUGAAGAUGAAACCCAUCUACUGGAAUCCUCUGCAUGACAUUUCAGGCGUGGUUCGUGCCACCUGGUUCUACAAAAACUCCAUGUUGCCCGUGGAAACAGAGCUCGCAAACAAGCUCGAAGAAGGAUAUGCCUCUUUGAAGCCAUGGACCGAUACCUGGCAAGAUGAGCUGAACAGCUGCGUGGAGAAUGGUGCCGAUGCAGAGAUCAAGGUGGCUCAUCAAUUAUGGCCGGUGGAAGAGCCGGGGUCCGCCAGACCACCGGGAACAGCACAGGACCCAAAGGGCAAUGACUUUACAACCGGGAGAGCCGAUGAUAUCCCCAAUGAAUUCGAUGUGAAUAAGGCUGCUGGUGGAACAGCGGCUCGUUCGGAGGCUAUCAAGUCUCACCUCACAUCUAGUGUCAUCUACGUCGAUGCGAGGAAUGCUCAGAUCUUGCGACCCAGCUUGCUUCCAUCAGCCGCCAGAGGAAGAAAACCUCUCCGUGCCAUUCGCAAAGAUCAACAAAUCGGCAUUCCUGUCGUUCGUGGGUUUAGCCGAAAGCUCUGGGACAAGGUGCACCCUUCGAAACCCAAUCCUGUCGAUGUACGACAAUACAUCCGGAAGACACAGCAGACCACCCCCGCUCCUGGUGAACAAAUAUGCUACGCAUGUAAAAUGGAAGAAUCGCGCUCAAGCCCCACAGACCUCGUUUUCGUCAUUCACGGCAUUGGACAAAAGCUGUCGGAAAGAAUGGAAAGCUUCCACUUCACGCACGCCAUCAACGCUUUUCGUCGCCAAGUCAACAUGGAGCUAAACAAUGAACCCGUUUGGCCCCAUGUAGACCCAGAUCAUGGUGGAAUCAUGGUCCUACCCGUGAACUGGCGGACAACACUAUCCUUGGAAGAUGCGACCCUUGAAUCGCUGGAUGAAGAGGAUCCUACAGCCAAUAACUUCUCUCUCGACGACAUCACGCCCCAGACGCUUCCCGCUGUGCGAUCUUUGAUCAGUGAUGUUAUGCUCGAUAUUCCCUAUUAUCUUUCGCACCAUAAGCCGAAAAUGAUCAGGGCGGUUGUGAGAGAGGCUAAUCGCAUUUUCCGACUCUGGUGUAAGAAUAAUCCCGGCUUCCAAGACAAUGGCCGUGUGCACCUCCUUGCUCAUUCCUUGGGUAGUGUGAUGGCUCUCGAUAUCUUGAGUCAUCAGCCUACCCAUGUUCCUCGCUUCAACUUUUCGGAGACGCCUUUGCACCAUGAUAUUUUAGAAUUUGAUACUCGGCAUUUGUUCCUCUGUGGCAGUCCAGUUGGUUUCUUUUUGCUACUCAAUAAAGCGAGCCUCCUCCCUCGCAAAGGCAGAGACAAGCCGGGAAGUGAAGGCGAUGAUCAACUCCGCGGUGUUGCCGGUGAUGCAGGCAACUACGGCUGUCUCGCGGUAGACAAUAUCUACAACAUCAUACACACUACGGACCCAAUCGCUUACCGCAUCAACGCAACAGUCGACAACGACCUCUCCAACAGCCUCAAAACAGCCUCAAUCCCCAGCUCAACCUCAACCUUCUGGUCCUCCUUCGGCUACGUCUUCCGCUGGAACUCCACAUCUUCCUUCAUCCCGACGACAGCCCCAACCCGUCCCGCAGCAAUGAACAAACUCCCGUCAACCGUCGAAAUGGAAACGCACGACUUCUCGCGCGAAGACAUUGCCGAGAAGCGCAUGCUCCUGCUAAACGAUAAUGGCCAGAUUGAUUACUAUCUCUCUGGUGGUGGAGGUCCGUUGAAUAUCCAGUAUUUGAAUAUGCUGAGUGCGCAUAGUAGUUACUGGACGUUGUCAGAUUUCGUGCGCUUUUUUGUUGUGGAGAUUGCGCGGAAGCAGGGGAGGGAUGGAACUUUGCCUGCUUUUCGGGCGGAGAAGAAGAAGGGGUGGAAGUAUUCCAAGGGGUGA